UCCGGGUCAGUCACAUUUCAUAAUGGCGGAGAGUAGCGACUGAGGUGACAGCCUCUCACGACAUUCCCACUAUUAUUUCUUCAAUAGCACUGCUAGAAAGACAGAAAACGUGCCUAUGUGAAGCCGAGCGCGGAAGAUGCAGCAUGAAAUACAAAAUGUAGAAGGGGAACCCGAACAGAUGGCGAAGAAUGAGGGGAAUUCUGGGUCCAAAGUCGAGCCCCUGAACGUUACCUUCACCAAGCUGGCCGAUCCCCAUGCUGUGCUAGCCGCUGCCAUGCAGGACGAUUUGAUGGCUGACUUGUCAGGAAGUGAGGAAGGGGAGGUUUCUGAGGUGGAAUCUUUCAUCCUUGACCCAGAGGAUUUGGAAGGUCACCCCAUGUUAGACACGGCGUCCAAACUCCUGCUGACCGCUGCCAGCGAGGGCGCUGACCUCCGUGCCGUUGACCCUGAAACCCAGGCCAGACUGGAGGCAUUAUUGGAGGCUGCUGGAAUUGGCAAACUAUCAACAGCUGAUGGGAAGGCGUUUGCGGACCCUGAGGUACUGCGGCGCCUGACGUCCUCGGUGAGCUGUGCGCUGGACGAGGCGGCCGCCGCCCUCACACGGAUGAGAGCGGAAAACGGCGGGGGGAGCAACAACAGCCAGGAUGGAGACGGGUCUCUAGCUGAGGCGUGUAACGAGGGGGACGUUGCAGCUGUACGCAGACUGCUGGACGAAGGCCGCAGCGUUCACGAGACAAACGAGGAGGGAGAGAGCCUCCUGUCCCUGGCCUGCUCAGCUGGGUACUACGAACUGGCCCAGGUGCUGCUGGCCAUGCAUGCCAAUGUAGAAGAUCGGGGGCUGAAGGGUGACUGUACGCCGCUGAUGGAGGCCGCUAGCGGGGGUUACACAGACAUCGUCAAGCUGCUGAUCGCUCACGGGGCGGACGUCAACUCUCGCUCAUCCACAGGGAACACAGCUCUGACGUAUGCCUGUGCCGGUGGGUACGAAGACGUUGUGCGUAUACUGCUGGAGGCGGGGGCGCGGAUCGAGGAUCACAACGAGAACGGGCACACCCCGCUGAUGGAGGCGUCCAGCGCCGGACACGUGGGCGUGGCCAGGCUGCUGUUGGAGCGAGGCGCCGGCAUCAACACUCACUCCAACGAGUUUAAGGAGAGCGCACUCACACUGGCCUGCUACAAAGGCCACCUGGACAUGGUACGUUUCCUGUUGGAAGCCGGUGCAGACCAGGAACACAAGACUGACGAGAUGCACACUGCACUUAUGGAAGCUUCUAUGGACGGCCAUGUUGAGGUUGCCAGGUUACUGCUGGACCAUGGUGCCCAGGUCAACAUGCCCACGGACAGCUUCGAGUCGCCGCUGACCCUGGCGGCGUGCGGGGGUCACGUGGAGCUGGCCAACCUGCUGAUCGAGCGCGGAGCCAACCUGGAGGAGGUGAACGACGAGGGCUACACCCCGCUGAUGGAGGCGGCGCGCGAGGGGCACGAGGAGAUGGUCGCUCUGCUGCUCAGCCAAGGUGCCAACAUCAACGCGCAGACAGAGGAGACCCAGGAGACAGCCCUGACGCUGGCGUGCUGCGGAGGGUUCCUGGAGGUGUCAGACUUCCUCAUCAAGGCUGGGGCAGACAUGGAGCUGGGCUGCUCCACUCCCCUCAUGGAGGCUGCUCAGGAGGGACAUCUGGAGCUGGUCAAGUACCUCAUCCAAGCAGGUGCCAGUAUCCACGCCCAGACCGCGACCGGCGACACUGCCCUGACCUACGCGUGCGAGAACGGCCACACGGACGUGGCGGACAUCCUUCUCCAGGCCGGUGCCGAGCUGGAACACGAGUCGGAGGGCGGGCGCACCCCUCUCAUGAAGGCAGCGCGCGCAGGCCAUCUGUGCACCGUGCAAUUCCUCAUCACCAGAGGUGCGGAUGUGAACAGAGCCACGUCUAAUAACGACCACACAGUCCUGUCCCUGGCCUGUGCUGGCGGACACAUCUCUGUGGUGGAACUCCUGUUGGCUCACGGAGCAGAUCCUUCACACAAACUCAAGGAUGGCUCUACCAUGCUGAUUGAGUGUGCCAAGGGUGGCCAUGCCACUGUUGCCUCUCUCCUGAUGGACUAUCCCAACAACAUGCUGACCCCUCCUCCCCCUCCGGAGGUGCCCCAGUUGGCAUCUCCCACUUCGGAGAAUGGCCAGGCCCCCCGUGUGCCGACUCAGGCCCUCCCUACUGUGGUACCUCCACAGGAACCAGACCAGAGACCUGGACAACUCACCUCUACAGAACCGGUAAACUGCCUUUUUACCGGUAAAGCAACGCGUUUCGCCAUACAACCCACACAUAGCUCCAUCAGUCCGGGGUCCCAGCCCUCCUCAGUCCCCCUCACCCCCAACCCCUCCCCUGUCCCCGCCCCCAGUCUGCCAAUCUACCCGGGGAUCGAGGUGGACGCACAGACUGAAAGUAACCAUGACACAGCCUUGACCCUGGCAUGUGCUGGUGGACAUGAAGACUUAGUCAGGGAGCUCAUGGCACGGGCGGCUAACCUGGAGCACAGGGACAAAAAAGGCUUCACCCCCCUGAUUCUGGCCGCCACGGCAGGACACUCCAGUGUGGUGGAGGUACUGUUGGACAACGCAGCAGACAUAGAGGCUCAGUCUGAGAGAACCAAGGACACGCCACUCUCACUAGCCUGCUCCGGGGGAAGGCAGGAGGUUGUGGAGCUUCUCCUGGCCAGGGGGGCCAAUAAGGAGCACCGUAACGUGUCUGACUACACCCCCCUCAGUCUGGCUGCCUCUGGUGGGUAUGUCAACAUCAUCAAACUACUGCUGCAGCAUGGAGCAGAGAUCAACUCCAGGACGGGGAGCAAACUGGGCAUCUCUCCAUUGAUGCUGGCUGCCAUGAACGGCCACACUCAGGCGGUCAAGCUGUUACUGGACAUGGGGAGUGACAUCAACGCACAGAUCGAGACCAACAGGAACACAGCCCUGACGCUGGCGUGUUUCCAGGGACGACACGAGGUGGUCAGUCUGCUGGUGGACCGCAAAGCCAACGUGGAACACAGGGCAAAGACCGGCCUGACCCCCCUGAUGGAGGCAGCGUCCGGCGGGUAUGCAGAAGUGGGGCGUGUGCUGCUGGACAAAGGUGCUGAUGUGAACGCUGCUCCUGUCCCCUCCUCCAGAGACACUGCCCUCACCAUCGCAGCUGACAAGGGACACUACAAGUUCUGUGAACUUCUCAUUCAGAGAGGAGCCCAGAUUGAUGUGAGGAAUAAGAAAGGCAACACGCCGCUGUGGCUGGCAGCAAAUGGCGGACACCUGGAUGUUGUGCAGUUGUUGGUUAGUGCUGGGGCCGACAAAGAUGCAGAGGACAACAGGAAGAUCACACCUCUCAUGGCCACCUUCAGAAAGGGCCAUGUGAAGGUGGUGCGCUGGCUUGUGAAGGAAGUGACACAGUUUCCUUCAGACCAGGAGUGUAUGAGAUACAUAGCCACCAUCUCUGACAAGGAACUGCUGAAGAAGUGCCACCAGAGUAUGGAGAUCAUCGUGAGUGCCAAGGACAGGCAGGCAGCAGAGGCCAACAAGAACGCUAACAUCCUGCUGGAGGAGCUGGACAUGGAAAAGACCCGUGAAGAGAAGAAGAAAGAGGCAGCGGCAAGACGGAGGGAGAAAAAGAGACAAAAAAGAAAGGAAAAGCAGCAGGCGAAGGAGAAGGAACAACAAGACGAAUCACCAGAAAACAAGAAAGAGGAAGAGGAGGUAGAAGAAGAGCCUGUCCCACUGGAUCCUCCAGCUGCCUCAACCACCACAACCAUAGGGAAAGUUCGCACCACAGACACAGUCUCCACGGUGGCAUCCCGUAACACCAAGAACGUCGCCAAAACCACCAUGGCGAACGCAGCGCCACCCAAAACUAAAGACCGGCCCAGUAAAAGGGAGAGCAAGAAGAAGUCCAAGGGGAGAGAGGACUCCAACACGACGGCGAACAACUCCAGCGAAGACCAGAAGAAGAACAAGAAGGACACCAAGCAGGAGAAGAAGAGCUCGGCGGCAGAGCUGGAUGAUUUUGAGGAGGCAAUCAAACCAAAGAGGAGCAAGGGGAACCUGAUAUCCAGAGAUGCAGAGGACGUGGUGAAAGUCAUCAAGACAACUGCACUUGCGUCAGAAUCUCACUCAGGCCUGAGUCCAGUAACGCUCCCCCACGGGAUGAUGAAGCAGUCCAUCGCGACAACGAGCACGGUCACCACCAUCUCCGUCAAACCCUCCGCUACCGUCGCCAUCAGUCCCAAACGGGGCAGCAAAAAGGAGGAGGGAUGGAAGGAAGUCAUACCAAAAAAGUCGAAGCGUAUGCUGGUCCCGGGUAGUGCAGUGAGCCGUGUGAUUGGACGAGGAGGGUGCAAUAUAAACGCCAUCAGGGAAGUCUCCGGAGCGCACAUCGAACUGGACAAACAGAAAACUGCCAGUGGAGACAGAUGGAUCACCAUCAAGGGAAACAACGAUGGGAUGAGACAAGCGCAGAACCUUUUGAACGCCCUGAUAAAGGAACCAGAUAGAGAGCUGGCCGAGAUCAUCCCCAGGGUCAAACCAAAGGUCGCCUCUAAAACCUCCCCGUCCACCUCCCCUCCCUCUAACAAGCCCGCGGCUUCAAAAUCAGCAGCAGCUAAGGUGGUCCCAACCACGGUGACGGGAAGGGUUCCCAUGACGGCGGUCUCCGUGGUUACGGGGAAACCACCCGUGAUGGCGCAGCCCGGAACAGCCACCAACGCGCAGAAGCAAGCAGCACCAAGUGGAAGUAGCAACAAAACCCAGAGAAGUUUGUCCAACUCUGCCACCAGCAGUAUUCCCCUGUACUCCAACCCGACGCAAUCCGUGCUCAACCAGAUCCAGUCACAGGCCCUCAGACACCCGGGGAUCCAGGCAGCCAUGACGCAGCUCCCUCCUCCCUUCCCCCACCCUCAGGCCGCACCGGGGUGGGGGGCGUUUCCCGUACGCCCCGCCCCGCCGGCUGUUGCCCCUCAGGGUCAGAAGGGGACGGCCCACCACCCGCCAGGAACGAACACCGUGGUGACGGCAGCGACGACAACCACCACCACAGCCUCCACCACGACUGCCCACGCCGUGUCCAGUUCUGCCACGUCAGGCGUACCCCAGCCUCCUAACGUGGAGUCCGCCAGGCGACAGCUGUUCUCUGACGGCAACAUGCCUCCCCCCGCAAUGAGAGCACGAUCAGAGCAGCUGUCUCGAGGCUCGGCGACCUACACCACACAGGCGCCCUCCGCCGGAACAAACACUACCUUCGCCGACAAGGUUGGCCCGCCCGGCGCCCGUCUACAAACGUCGCAAGCCCAGCCCGUGUUGCACGCAGCGAGACCCGCACAUGUUACUCUCCCCUCUGAAGUCAAAAGUACUGUCACCAUGGUGACGUCAGGACUGCCGUCCUCAGGCGGCUCGGUGGGUUUGAUUGGUCCGCCGGGGCGGAGGGAGAACCCGCCCAUGUCCAUGGCUCCGGGAGUCGCCAGCGCGCCUCACGUGGGCUCGCCACACCGUAUCCCGCCCCAGAUGUCGGCCUCGGUCCCGCAGUCGGCUCCCCCGGACUACUCAGCACCGGCGUACUCCCCGUUCAGUGGGAACUCCCCGUUCGGCCAGGUGGGGCAGCCCCGCAGCAUGUUCACGGUCUCCUCCCGACCCAAGUCCAUGGGAGACAUCCCCAACCUCCUCUUCCCCAACAGUUACACCUCCGACCAGUCCCAGAACGAGGGGGUGAAUGGGUCGGUGGCACCGGGCUACAGGAGCGCAGUCAACCAGCAGAACGUGCCGGGCCACUACCCCAACAGCUCCCCUCCCAACUACACCACCUCCCCCAUGUCAGCCGGCCCCGCGGGAGCCGACAUCUUCACCCCCCUCCCCGCACACAACUCUACCCGCUCCUCCACCCCCUCCACCGCCGCCUCCUCAGAGUCCCCCAUCCCCCCUCAGUCCCCUCGCUCCUCCCCCAUCGGCAGUAGUGCCUCCCCCUCCCCAACACCCAUCGGCGCCGACAAACCAGGCCAGGAGAGGAAGCCAAAACCCAUCGGCACGGAGAGGGCCCACAAAAAGGCAGGGUCUUCAGCCAUGAUGGGAGAGAUGUCUCAUCCCCUAGGACCCAGUAACAUCUGGUCCUACCCAAUAACUGGAGCAACCCUUGAGCUCCUGAGAACCUUGCGAGAUGCAUCUUCCCCGUGGGUGGCACCCUCUCACCUGCUGAACACAGGUGGGCUCCCCGACAACUACCCGCCCCACCCCGACAACAUCCGGCCGCACAUGUCCCCACCCACCAGCCUGCCUGCCCCACCCCUGGGGCCGUAUCCCAUGGGAGACAAACCACCGAUGGGGAUGUCCAACCCUGCGGCUGGUAGGAUGCCACAUCUGUACGGCCAGGCCAUGCAGCAGUACCCGCACCUGGGCCACCCCCCUGUCCACCCCCCCUCCACCCACUCCUCCUACCCCCCCACUGGUCCCCCACCCCUCCCCCCUGACGUCAUGUGGAACCACACACAUGGGAAACUCCCCCCGCAUGCUGAGGAGCCCAGGAACCAGAACCAGGGAUGGGGGAUGUGGAACCAGCAGUGAAAAGAAGAAAACAAGUCCCCUCUCUAAGGUCGCCAUCCCAUGUUUUCUAUGGAGCAGAUACUGGCAGCCAGCAGCCGAGUUAGACCCUUACCUAUAGCAAUCUGCAACAUGUGCAGGACCAUAGCUAAGAUGUGUUACAGUAAAGAGUCCAGGACCCCCCUGGCCAGUGCAAAGGCAUGUUGUUUGGUACAAGAAAGUUCCAGGAAUUAUAAGGUUAUUAUGCAUCAAUUAAAGAUCUCUCCUUUGUCAGGACAGUUA